AUUGAAUAUUGGUUAUGCGAGAUUUUCAACAUUGAAUUCCCGAUCUUUUCAAAGUUAGACAUUAGUUACCGCGCCGGAUUGUAAUGUCCGAUAACGAAGAGGAACUAGUUUCAGAGGGUUUUGAUGAAGAUGAGGAAAUCCUGGAGCACGAAGAAGGGAAUAAUGAGGAAGCUGUUCCUAAACAAACUUUAACCAAAGAAAUUAUUGCUGAAAACAUAUCAAUACCAUAUAGACUUGGAUACGGUUUUUCGUAUGCUUAUAUAAAACUGGACUGUUCAGACAAAAAUCUAUUCGAUAUUGAGAUUCUACGUGGAUACAUUCAUUUACGUUUUGUCAUGCUGAGUAACAAUUUUAUAACAGAUUUAUCGCCACUUACUGAAAUGUCAAAUCUACAAUAUUUGAAAGCUGACAAUAAUCAAAUUAUUUCAGUUGAAUCACUGAGAUCAUUACGUUAUCUUCAAUACUUAGAUCUCUCAAGUAACAAAUUGACUACUAUAAAUAAUCUUUCGUUUCCAUAUUUACAAUAUUUAAAGGUGAAUGACAACGCAAUUGCCUCACUAAAGUCAGAAACCGAUACGAAUCUUAGUUCUGAACAGCUUCCGGAUUUGCAUACACUUGAAUUACGUGGUAACCGAUUGAACACAUUGAAUGGAAUUGAUGAUAUGAUUAAUUUAAAAACCUUAUACUGUGCAGAAAAUCUAUUACGUAGACUAGAAGGUAUUUCUAGUUUAAAAUCAUUAGUUCGUUUACAUUUACGUGAUAAUCGUCUAUCAAGGUUAACGGAUUUCACAGAAAAUUUAACUUCAUUAGAAUAUAUUAAUUUGAGAGGAAACCAAAUUUCCAAAUUUUCCGAAGUCAAACGAUUAAACUGUUUGCCCUCAUUAAAAUUUCUUUCAUUAGUGGAUAAUCCAAUUACAGAAAAAGAUAAUUAUCGCCAAAUGGUAAUUGGUUUAGUUAAUAGAUUACAGCGUUUGGAUAAAAAACGUGUUCCAGAUAUAUUUCGCAGUACAGCCUUGGAAUUCGUAGCAAAACAUACUAACAUAUUAGAACAGGAAUUGAAUGAAUCGGAUACAAUUGAAGAACAUAUACCCGAAAGUAUGAAAGAAUAUUUAAAUGAGGAAAAAGAGAGAAUGGAAGAUGAAAAACAGCAACAAAUUCAAGACGAUGAUGAAGAAGGUAGUAAAGAACAAUUGAAGAAGACAAUGAUUAUCAAGAGGAAGCAGGUGAAGAUGAGGAUGAUGAUAUUGUCGAAAGUGAAAAAGAAGAAGAAGAGGAAUAAGAAACAAAAGAAUUAUGGGCAAAAAACCGGACCAGUUAAAAAAAAAUAAUUCCAGUCAAUCUAAAGAAAAUAAAUCCAACUCACAAAAUCAACAAAUAGAUGCUUUUAUUGUCUGUCUGUAAAUUAUCUAAUAUAACAUUUACAAUAUCAAAUAAUUCAUUGUACUUUAUCUUUAUGCAUAGUGAAGUGGGGUAAAGUGAGUUUCAACGUGCUA